AGUGCACUCUCGGUGCUGUUUAUUCCUGCUAUCUGACAUGUGCUAGCGUGCACAGUUAGGUGCUGGCAGUGUUUCAGUCAGACAUGGACCCAGGGUGCUGCCGCACUGACACACACACACAAGACAAAGCUGCUGCAGUCUGGACCUGUCGGAAAACACAAUGAAGUAAUUGUUCUGACAAAUAUGUUUUAUUAGUGAAGAGGGCAGCAACUGUGUCUUAAGGGUUUAACCCGUUUAUAUACUUUACUGUGCCUUCCUGUAUUCAGAUACCAUCAGCAGUCUGCUCGCUAAUUGGACGAGAGACCAACAAAGCAUGCUAGGUGCCUCUCCAUGUCUCUGGGCUCGGACUCUGUCAGUGCCCCCGGAUGGUUCAGGGGACACUGUGCUGCUAGAAAAGGACUGAAUGAGUCCUGUCUACAGUGCUGUGUGGACACUAAGGCACGAUUCCGGAAAGAAAAAAUCGAAAUUCCAGACGUUCAAGAACUUUUUUGUCAAGAAGAAGAGAAAAGAGCCGCCCGCGCCCGACGGGGAGAGUGUUUUAAAGCAGAGCCGGUCCAGCGACAACGUCAGCAGCCCAGACCAGGCGGAGGUCUUGUCAGACUCUGAGGAGUAUGAGACAGGGUCCAAGGGCAGUAUGGGAAACAAGGCCCUUUCGCAUGACAGCGUGUUCGUUUCUGAUAAGCCCUCGUCAGAAGCCAAUGAUGGCGUGGUGUCUUCACAAGAAAACAUCCCGGGGAAAGUGAAGUCUUUGCAGUUUCAGCUGCAGCAGGCUAUCAGAAUGGACUCCCCUCUUGCUGUUACCCCAGGAAAGAAGUGUGAUGAUGGGGGGGCUCUGUCGGAGGACGACGGUCUUCCCAAGAGUCCCCCGGAGAUCUCUACUCUUCACACAGUGCUGACUGGCUCCACGCACAGGUCCUCCAACCCCGUCCAAAGACACAGUUCAUUGAGUUUAGAGGGGACAGACAGUGAAGAUGAUGAACAGGCGGGCACUGAUGCCUCCUCCAGCCUGGCAAGCCCCCUGGUGUCGCCCGACAGGGCCCCCCUUCCUGCUGAUUUCAGUAGCCCUGCGACCCCCCUGGCCUGCCUGGACAACUCUGUGGCAAAGCACCGGAUCGCUGUCAAGCACAAGGCCUGUGCCAGGAGGAGGCCUGCCAGAAGAGGGGUUUUAGGAUGCCUGAAGCCCAAGAGUUAUACUGGAAAGGUGCUGAAGAAAGAAGAUAAACAAAGAUACAACACAAGAAUAGCAGAAGAAUCUACAGAUCAGAACAAAGAAGAGGCAGGUUUGGUUACACAACGAGAGGACACUGAAGAGCAAAAGCUGAAAGAAACAACUUCAGUCCAGUCGCAGGCUGCUGCACAGUCCAGGACAUCCGAAGAGACAACAGCCAGUCCUAUAAGGCACAGCGAGCCUCCAAGCACACUGGGAAGCUCCGAGCAGCAGCAACACCAUCCUUCAAACCCGGCUCCUGAGUGGAAAGAUGUUUCGGAGUCCUGUAUCCCGCCCCCACUGGAGAGUGGGCCUGAAGUCCAGGAAGGUUCUCCUGCAGAACCGCGUGUUCCAGCAAAUCUCUGCAAAUCUUCAAUCCCCCAUGAUCUCUCGAGUACGUUGACAUGCACGCAGGAUAUCAGCUUUGGAGAUGGUGUUACAGAGGCAAAAUGCAAGCCUGCAGAGGAUGAAGAACCCAGAUCCUUUUCUGAAGAAGUACCAAAUUCCUAUGAAGGUCCUUUAUCAUCUGCAUGUGUGCUAGAACCUGAGGCUGCAACCUUAGAAACAGAUUCUAGCGUGGAGGGCACAAGCACUGGCGCUCUGGAGGAAUCGUCAGAAUCUGGUUCCAGCAACUGUGAGCCCAGUCUCUCCAAGCUCAUUGACACUGAAGCACAUCCUACACCUGAAGAACAAGCAGAGCAAAAAGAAGCGUUGAAAAAAGACCCAGAAACGAAGUUUGAUGACAACAAAGAUGUAGCUGGUGCAACUGAAGACUCAGCCAAAGCAGACAAUGAAGCACUGAGUGGACUUCAAAUAGAGGAAGACUUGAUGCUUAAAGAUGAUACCAAGACUGAAGCAGAACCAGAAACUGAAGACACGAGGAGAGCAAAACUAGCCUCAGGUGAGGAUGAUAUUCUAGUGACAGAAGAUUCUGAUUCUGUACAGCAUUCAUCAAUCCAGUCUUUGCAAGACAACAGUCCCCCGUCACAGCCAGCAAGCGAGAGCUUACCUCUUACUAACCCUAACCUACAUAAAGCCUUAGCAGCCAAUUCUGAUGAGCCCUUCAGUAAAGCUGACCAGCCUGCAGCAGACGCUUGUCUUAAGCAAGAUCUCAAAAGAGAACAACAGACUCAUUUCUCAGUGGGGCAGAAACAGAUUAGCAGUUCUGCAAGCAAAGCCCGGUUCACCAUCGCCCCAGCUUGGCAGAGGUCUCUGUCAGGGGGCUCACAGCAGAAGGACACUAAUUUCCUGUCACCGAUUGUGCCCGAGUCAUUUGAAGAAGUCAAGGACUCUAAUAAUAAAUGUACAGACAUAACAAUGGAAACAUCACCCGCAGAGAAGCCAGAAGUCCCAGCGGUACCUGACAGAGGCCAGGUGCCCUCCGCCCACCCCGUCCUGAAAGUGCACCCCAGCCGUGAAGCUCCCAGCAGCGACAAUCCUUUUGGCAUCAGGCUGAGAAGAACCUCGGCCUUGCUGAAAUACAGCUGUGAGAGCUCGGCAGAGCCUGUGGCGGCGGCACUGACAGCAGAGCCAGCUGUCUGUAGCAAUGAAGUGGUGAAGGCACCCCAGGUUGAUUCAACAGGCAGCAAGCCUGCCUUGCCUAAAAAGCCAGAAAUGUCAGAGGAGAAUGCAGUCCUGUGCAGUAAAACGUCAGAGAGAACUGGAGGAAGGUCAGCCUCCCCCACCUGGGUCACUGUGGCCAAACAGAAACAGAGGGUCCAUCAAGAGCACGCCAUUAGCAGGGAGCCGUCCCUGGAAGAGACAGCGGACAGGAACCCCAGUGCAGAGAAGGAUGAUUCGCUGAGACAAACCCCACUCCCUGUCUCGCUCAGUAGCGGGAAGAAUGAGUCAACCAAGCUCUCGUGUUCAACGGUAACAGCAGGGUCCUGCUCUUCGGAGAUGUCACAGCAUGCUACGCUGGAACAGGAAGAGAAGAGGCCAUCAGCGUCCAGCCCUGGAGCCCCUGCCAGCACAGCAGAGCCUCCCUGGCUAGCACUCGCCAAGAAGAAAGCCAAAGCAUGGAGCAACAUGCCUCAGAUCGUACAGUGAGGAGGAGGACUGCGUACAACAAUACCUGACAUUCCACAACCCAGUGGUCUUUAUAAAGAUCAGAAAUAUAUCUAAACUGAUUUGCACAUGUCGUUUGAGAUAUCUCUCUGUUCUGUUGAGUAACUUUGUUAACACAAUUAAACUCCUGUACAUGGCUCUGUUCAUUACCACAGUAUGUGUAAAAACAGUGUUGAGAGAAUUCACUAAUUCAUGCAUUCUUUAAUACCAAAUAUGUGGGCACGUGAAGUAUACUUUUCCUCAGCUUUGAAGAGUAGAAUUACGAUUUUCUUUUUGGGUUUUUUUUUUUUUGUCAAUUAAAAUAAAUACUUUUUUUUGUAUAUACUAAUGGCCUUGGAAUAAAAAAUGAUGCUGGAUGAAAUGCUAUGCUGAAAUAUCAUGAUGCUGGAUGAAAUGCUAUGCUGAAAGAUCUUGUUUUGUGUCAAAAAGGAGGGAGAAAGCAAGGAGAAAUGUCCCAUUUUUUAUUUAUUUUUUCUGCUUUGUAUUUGAAAUUUUAGAUGUGAAACGUAUGAGUUAUAUUUUGUGAAAUCCCUGGAUGAAUGUCACAGCUAGUUCAACAGUGUACAGAAAUUGCAAUGACUGUCGGUGGCUUUUUCACAUGAGAAUACUUUAUAAUGAAGGAUACAGUAAAACAUGGGACACUUUCAAUGUGUUAUAAAUCUGUUAAUUUACCUUUUUUUUUAAAUGUGGGGGGGAAAACAUGAUCACUGUAAACAUAACUGUAUAGUCAAAUACAUGAAUUUUGUUUUCUUUGCAUUUGCUUCUUUGUACAUUUAAAUGCGUAUUUUAAUAAAUAUAAAAGGCAGGGUGAUGCAAACACAUGUUACACAGCAUUCUUGAUUUACAGCAACAUGAUCUGCAGCUUUGCAGAUGGCACUCGUUUUUGGCACUGCACACUACAGAGAGCUCACUGUACACUGCCCCACUAUGCAGCAUUUUGUCACAGUUUUUGAUUGUCUGCAGUGUAUAUUUUCAAUUUAAUUAAAUUUCUGUUUUAGACUCAAUUCUAUUUUUACAAAGUGUCUUUUUAUCUUAGUUUUUCUAACUUUACAAUUCAGCACAUUUUUGUCUCUAAAUUGCUGUUUCAUUAAACAGUUUUUUCAUUUAA